GGCCGGCCGAGCAGCAUCCCAGCGGCGCCCUCGGGCAGCAGGGAAUCGCCCUCCGGACGGAGCUCAGCUGGGCCCUCGGCAUCCCGCCGCUUCUCCUCCCCGGCAGGUCGUGCAGCCCCGCGCCGGCCAUGGAGGCUCCCUCGGGCCGAGUCACCCUGAACGUGGGCGGGCUCCGCUACCGCACCUGCCGCGGCACCCUGGCAGCCUUCCCGGGCACCAAGCUGAGCGGGCUGGCCGAGCCCGGGGCGGCGGACCGCUUCGACUUCGACGCCCGCGCCGGCGAGUUCUUCUUCGACCGGAGCGGCCGCCUCUUCGAGCAGGUGCUGCACCUGUGCCGCAGCGGCCACCUGCACGGGCCCGCCGCCUGCCGCGCCGCUCUGCGCGCCGAGCUGGCCUUCUGGGGGCUGACGGAGGCGCGGCUGCCCGCCUGCUGCUGGAGCAAGCUCUGCCCCGGCGACCACGACGAGGCCGAGGAGGAGGAGGAGGAGGAAGGCGGCGGCCCCGGGCGGCGAGAGGACCGGCGCGGACUGCUGGAGCGGGGCCCGCGCGGGACGACGGACGGGCGGUGGGCGCGGGCGGCGCGGGCGGCCUGGGCUUUCCUGGAGGAGCCGCGCUCGUCGCCCUGGGCCACGGGCUUUGCAGUCCUAUCCCUGCUGUUCAACGUUGCCCUCAUCGCCAUCCUGUGUGCCAAAGGAGGCCAACGCGAAGACUUCCUUGGACAGGGCAACUUGACCCACCCCCACCGCCCCUCGCUGGCGUCGUUGUGUCCCCAGAGAGCUUCUCUUCUCCACCUGGAGCUCUUCUUCAUUCUCUGCUUCAUGUGUGAAUUUGCCACCCGACUCGUGUCCUGCCCAGACAAGAAGAGAUUCUUUCGAAAGGCCCUGAACGUGGUGGAUUUCCUGGCGCUUUUCCCGGUUUGCCUGGACCUCUUUUUCAGCCGGCAUGGACCCCGGCUGGAAACGCUGCCGUGUUGGCUGAACUUGUUCCGCGUGGUGUACGUCCUCAAACUUCUGAAGGUCUUCCAGCUGUUGGAGACCCCGCGGAUGCUGAGGGUCUUCCCCUACAUGCUCAGGUCCAUCUUGAAGGACAUCGCCAUCCUGUUGUGGGUUUUCCUCUUCGAAAUCCUUUUCUUCGGCUCUCUCAUGUUGUUUGCCGACUUGAUAGAGGAUCACCCCGACAGGGUGCUGCACGACAUCCUCUCGUCCUUCUGGUUGGCGGUGAUCACCUUGACCACCAUCGGCUAUGGUGACAUAUAUCCCUUCCAGCCAGCUGGCAAAGUGAUCGGGGCCUGUGCCGUGCUCUGUGGCCUGCUGACCAUCAUUGUCCCCAUUCCCAUCUUCUUCAUAAAAUUCAAGCAUCAUUACACUUCCGCUGUGAUCAAGGAGAAGAGGAAGAGGGAGGAGGCGGCCACGGCAGCCACGACAAUCCUCAGAAGUCUAACGCAGUGAUGGGGCUUUUAUCGGGGAAGGAAGCCCCUGCGGAACUCCCUGGCCCAUGAAGCGGGAUCUUCCCGCUUUUGCUGACCUUCACCUCUGCCGGGUCCCCCUGCAGCUCUGGCCUGUUUCGGGUGGGAGGCGAGGGGAGAGCCAUCCCGCAAAGCAGCCUGUAAAAGUUGAGCCUGAAACGCAGACACAAACCAGGGGCCUUAGGACGAAUCGCUGGCAAAACCCUUUACUGUCACCCGGCCUGGGUUUCCUUCCCGUGUCCUUUAUUCCCUUUAUUCCUGUUUUGCAGUGCCAGAAGUCCCCUUGGGUAGCUCGGAGCCGCCCCAUGAUCCAGAGAACCAAAACAAGCCCCUCCCCGCCAAGCCAGGAAUUUCCGAAGCUCCCCUGCCCAUUCCUGGUCUGAUGACUGACAUAGCUAGUAAUGACACCCUUCGGGCUGCCCAAAAUUGAUUUCCCCCCUCCCAAAGCAAGCCCUGGCUCAGGGACUUGCUCUCUCCCUCUCUUGGCCCUCCUGAUGGGAGGGGGGCCGUGGGGAGAACCCCCCCCAGCUGCCCUUCUCUCUCCUCCUCCCCCCACAGAAGGGCUCCUCUGGGUCAGGCUAGGACGGGGUUGGCCUCCCCUCCAGAAUGUGCAUAGCUGGCCGAGGGAGGCUGCCUUUCCCAGCCAGAGGGCUCGUGCCAAGUCUUCUUGGCACCAGACAUGCCAUCUGGCCCUUUGGGGCAAGAAUCGUGUUUCACACUCGGCCGCUUUAGGUCUAGUGGUUCUGGCUC